AUGGGAAAGAGGAAAGCAAAAACAAAGCCUCCUCCAAAGAAACGAAUGGAUAAACUCGACACUUCCUUCAGUUGCCCUUUCUGUAAUCAUGGCAGCAGUGUUGAAUGCCGCAUUGACAUGAAGAACUUGAUAGGAGAAGCUUCUUGCAGUAUUUGCCAAGAGAACUUUAGCACUACUAUCACAGCUUUAUCCGAGCCAAUAGAUGUAUACAGCGAGUGGAUUGAUGAAUGCGAACUGGUGAACAACCAGGAAGAUGAUGGUGCAUAG